AUGCUGGGCUGCAGGCAGCUAUUCUCCGCCCGAUGGCAACUGCAUCCUGCAUCUUCCGGGGUCGUGCGAACACAGGCUGCUCCUCUCAGCAUAAGCCAUGUUCUACGAGCGACAUGGCGAGAUCAGAAGAAACCCCCACCCCCACCUCGGUUCAAGGGAAAGCCCGUCAGCGGCCUUCGUGCCCGUAUUGACCGCAUCAACCCAAGCUACAUCAUAUUUGGCUUUCUGGGCAUCUACGGCGUUGUCUUCCUUGCCUGGACCGCGGCGAAAGGGCGUGCGAACUUGGACGGGAAUCUCGAUCAACUACGGUUCAUGCUGAGCAACUUCGCUUUGUCGUGGCCAAAUUUACAAGCCGGUAGACUAUGGGUCAUGAUUACCGCCGCGUUCUCUCAUAUCGAGAUAUGGCAUCUCGCCAUGAAUGGUUUCGUAUUUUGGAGCCUUACACCCUUGGUGAUCCGCAUACUCGGCAACGCACAGUUCCUCGGCCUUUACGUAAUUGGCGCUGUUGUCAGCAACGUCAUAUCUUUGGCUCUGACAGCACAACAUGACAGACAGAACCAUAGGUCAGUGGGAGCUAGCGGCGCUAUGUACUGCGUGGCAACGCUCUGGGCUUGCUGUUACCCUAACGCGCGCAUCCUUCUCUUUUUCGUGAUACCCUGUCCUGCAUGGGGAGCCAUCACCGGCGUGCUUGCAAUCGACGGCUAUAACGCGUGGCUCAAGUCGAAAGGGGAUUUCAACGCGUACUCGGACAAGAUUGACGUCGCAGCACAUGUUGGAGGCAUCCUGACGGGUCUGGCGUACUAUCUCCUUCGUGUACGGUUCAAAAUAUAA